AUGAUAGGAUUGCCGGAAAACGUUAUCGACGCAGAUCUCUUCUUUAAACUUCGAGAUAUUUGCAUGUGCAUAGGCGGACUGCACCUCUUCCUAAUUGCCAUUGAAAGACUUGUUGCAACAAUCCGGGCUGAUAGAUAUGAAGCUGAAAACCACGCAAUAGUAGUUCUUGUUUCCAUAUUCAUUCUGUGGGUAACAGUCUGUUAUGUGAUUUUCAAAUACAAAGAUGGCCCAGCUUCACGAUUUCUCAUUGUUGGAGCUUUGACGUUUCCAAUUAUUUCAGCUAUAGUGGUAAUGUUCUUUGUGCGAACAUUGAAUUAUCGCAAUUGGCAGAAUAAUCGAGGUGAACUAUCAGUUGGUCACGUCUAUCAAUUACGAGAGAAUGUCAUAACAUCAUUGGCUUUAAGUAAAUGUUUUUUCUUCAUGACAGUACAGACAACUAUUUGCUUAAUUUCAUACUUUGGAUAUGCAUUAGCAAGAUUCAUAUACCUCAACAUCUGGUUGGAGAAGUUCACAGGUUUUAUCUUUGAUGUUGGUGUAGCCACCUCUCCUUUCACUGUAUGUAUCACUCUAUCUAUUUACCAUCCAAAAGUAAAACUACGAAUCAUACGGUACUAUCGAGAAGCAUGGAACGCUCUAUAUGGAAGUGAGAAGAAUAUGGAAGAACCAGUAGAAAUAAUAGAUUUAGAUGGACGUGUUGUUACGGUAAAGGUGAAAACUUCUGAUGAAACUGCCGUUUACUUCGAUCAGCUGAAAGCAGCCUGGGCUUGA